AUGUCUCAGAAAGUUGGCCACACAUCUUUAGCUUUUGCACGUCUGUGGCACCAUGUAGAUCUCGCCAGGGACAAAAGGACGCUUGGUAGAUUGGCAUCUGCGAUUGCCAUAACGCUAAUUGGAAAACACAAACCGGUGUACCAUCAAAGUCAGGAUUGCGGAGAUUAUGUGGUGGUGACGAAUUGCCAGAGCUUACGGGUUACCGGUAAGAAGUUUGAACAGAAAAAGUACUGGUCGCAUUCGACAAAGCCUGGCCAUUUGAAGCUGACUCCGAUGGAAAAAGUGGUUGCAGAUAAAGGGUUUGGAGAAGUACUAAAGCGUGCUGUUAGCGGUAUGCUGCCCAAGAAUAAGCUGCGUAAACCUAGGUUGGAGAGAUUGAAGGUGUUUGAUGGAGCGGACCACCCGUACAAGCAGAACAUUACUGCGUUUGCAUACGAGCAACCAUACGUGCAAGCUAAGUUGGACAAGGUGAGGGUUGAUGGGAAGUCUGAAUGA